ACAAAUCCUUUAUUUGAAGGAAAUGUUCCGGUGGCAAAUUUCCCUAUGGCCACAUCUGCUUUAACUCUUGGGAAGGAGCCUAUGUCAUCUGGCCCUCCCAAUCCAAUUAUUGGUGGAACUUCUGGGACAAAACCAUUUGUUCUAAAUGCUGGUGUUGCUACAGUUCAGUCUAAUGAUCAAGAAGAGAUUCAAGUUGUCAAGUCAAUCACAGAGGAUGAAGACAAGGCAAUUAAAGCGAAGGUGCAGUUGAUGGAGGAAACGCUAAAAUCGAUGCAAGGUGUCCAAACCAAUAAACCGGUUGACAUCUCAUCUUUGUGCUUUUUCCCAAACAUUCAACUGCCCCAUAAGUUUAAAUUGCCUGAGUUUGAUAAGUACAAUGGCACCGGUUGUCCUUAUGCCCACUUGACAAUGUAUUGUAGGAAGAUGGCUCCUUAUGCCAAUGAUGAGAAGCUAAUGAUACAUUACUUUCAAGACAGUCUGAUAGGUCCUGCAGAUGCUUGGUUCUCUACUAUCGACAAAAGUAAGGUCAAAAGUUGGCAUGAUUUGACUUACAAUUUUAUGAAGCAGUAUGAAUACAAUACAUCACUAGCUCCUAGUAGAGAGGAUCUUCAAAGAACAGAGAAGAAAUCGAGUGAAAGCUUUAAGGAAUUUGCUCAAAGAUGGCGUGGAUUGGCUGCUCGAGUUCAACCGCCACUAACUGACCAUGAACUGAGUAAUUUAUUCAUUAAAUCAACUAAAGGGCCUUAUCGUGAAAAGUUGAUGACUUGUGUAAAUUACACUUUCACUCAGUUGGUUAUCGUGGGAGAGCAAGUGGAAGAUGGAAUCAAGUCAGGGAUUAUUAUUGAUUUUCAAGCAAUGAAGAGUCUCUUUGAACAAUACCAAAAUGGUAGUUCAGGGGGUUCUAGUUCAAGGAAAGUAGGCCAUAAUCAAAAGAAGGAAAAUGACACUGGCACCAUUAGCUCAGUUUAUGAGACUUAUGGGAGAAAUAAUCAGCCGCGCCCUCGAGGGCAAUUCAAUAAUUCUUUCCAAGCUCCAACUUAUCAACCACCAAUUUUUAAAGUCAGCCAAGGCCACUCUAUGCCUCUGGGAUCAAUCGUUCACAACAAGAAAGAGUGAGACGACAUUUCAACAAACUUCCUUUGUCAUACACUGAAGUGUUUCAACAAUUGGUAGCAGCUGGUCUUGUUACACCCGUACCUAUGGUGCCAUUAAAUC